AUGGCCGAAGGGAUUGACACCUUGCAAUCCCUGUACUCGCGUUCGGUGAGGUCUUUUUCCGACGACCCUUCUUCGAACGCAGCGGGUGGGUCUCGUCAUAAUGCUCGACGAGACCCGGAAAAUCAACAAUCAGCUGGGCACGAGGCUUCCAGCUGUCCCACGCCGGUGGAUAGCCACGCCAUCGGACGCGGUAACUCACCCGGACGCCAUUCAAGUCGCGGUGGUUCAAAAUACGCUCCACUAGAAAUAGUUGACUACCGCCUGAGUCCACCAAAGGAUGUGGUGGCGGCGGGAACACCUUAUCCGGCUCGAGGGUCGUAUCAGCUUGAUGUUCAGGAUCUGAACUGUGUAUCGGAACAGUUGCAAGAUGACCUGGAUCAUGAACGGACUCGGCUUUAUGAGCUUCAGGAUCUUUUAGGGGAUAACUACAGUUCCCUAACGCACGAUCGUUUCGACAAUCCUGCCGCUUUUGCGUUCGCGCAACUUGAGAACGAACUUUCGACUCGUUCUCUUCGUGACGAGCUGGCUGUAGCUCGUCGAGACAUCUCUGAACUGCGUGAACAGGUCGCUUUGCUAGUCGACAAGACUGGCUCGCUGAAACGGGACAACUAG